AUGGCUGCCAGACCUCAUCAAGUAAAAGUCUAUGUUCUGAUUGAAGAUGAGCAGUGGAGAGAAAUAGGCACAGGGCAAAUAUCAUCCAAGUACAUCGAGCGGCUCCACGGAGUGUGCCUAAUUGUUCAAUCAGAAUUAGAUGACUCUGUGAUUGUAGAGUCCAAAGUCCAUCAUAAUGUGCUCUACCAGAAACCAAAAGAGGAUUUGAUUAUUUGGUCCGAAGGGAAGAAUCAUGGUAUGGCACUGUAUUUCCAGGACACAGAUGAUUGUCAAGAUAUCUGGGAGGACAUAUGCCAAGUCCAAGGUAAUGAUCCAAUUGUGGAAUCCAAAGAGGACUUUUCUAAUGAAUCAGAUAGACUUGAUGAAAUGCCACAGUUAUGGAACCUGCUUGAGACAUCUAACUGUCAACUUGAUACACUUGAAAAACUUGCCAAUUUAUUUACUUCAGUUUCUCCCUCUGAUAGCCAGAAUGAAAAUGUGGCUGUGAUCUUGCAGAGUGAGAAUUAUAUUGAGCAACUACUGCAAUUAUUCCACACUUGUGAGCACUUACAGAAUACUAAAGGCUUACAUUAUUUGCAUGAAAUUAUUAAAGGAAUCUUAUUUCUCAAUAAUAUUUCUCUGUUUAAGAUCAUGUUUUCUGAUGAGUGUAUUAUGGAUGUGGUGGGAUGCCUUGAAUAUGAUCCUGCUUUGAACCAGCCAAAAAGGCACAGAGAAUUUUUGAUGCAAAAUGCAAAACUCAAGGAAAUUGUGCCAAUAACACAACCUGAACUAAAGCAAAAAAUUGAACAGAUCUACAGAAUACAGUAUAUCCAUGACAUUCUUUUGCCUACACCAUCCAUAUUUGAAGAGAAUCUUCUUUCCGAUAUUACAAACUUUAUUUUGUGCCACAAAACUGAAAUGGUUACCAUGCUACAAAAUGUUUUUUGCAAGGAACUUUGUGCAUUUUUCCAAACAUUAGAGUCUCAAAUCAAAGAUGCAUUACUGAAAACAUUGAUAAAUCUAGGAAUCAUUACCACACUUAAAAUUUCAAUGAAUAUGGAUGAUUACCAGAUAAAAGUAGCUGCUGUAGAUACAUUUGGUUAUCUAGUGGAGUAUAAUCCAUGCAUGGUCCAAGAGUAUGCAAUGCAAGAAGCUGUGGAGUGUGAAGAUAAUGACCUUGUAAUUAACAAAGUAAUUGAGCAAAUGGCUUGUGAUAUUGAUCCUCACCUUGCAUGUGCCACUCAUUUAAAGGAAAUUAUUUGGUGUGUACUUGAUCCAGAAAACAUGGACAUAACUGAUGACAUAUGUGCAAGAAGUGAAUUUCUAAAUUUCUUUUAUACACAUUGCAUGAAUAACUUGAUAGCACCACUUUUGGCUGCCACCUCACCAAACAAUAAUGAAGAUAACAUAUGUGAACCCAACGAGGAAAAAAGUUGCUCUGAUAAUUACCAAACAGCACAGCUACUUGAGUUAAUUUUAGAUCUACUCACAUUUUGUGUACAAUAUCAUGCAUUCUAUAUGAAAAACUAUAUCUUGAAAAAAAAUUUGCUGAAAAAAGUCUUAGUACUGCUGAAUUCAAAACACACUUUCCUGACCCUGCGUGUUGUUCGCUUUAUGAAGGGAAUGAUUGGCCUUAAAGAUGAACUUUUAAAUCAUUAUAUAAUCAAAAAAAAUCUUUUUGAACCAAUUGUAAAAGUUUUUCUGCUUAAUGGAACUCGGUACAAUAUGUUAAAUUCAGCUAUUAUUGAGAUAUUUGAAUGGAUAAGAGUGGAAAACAUUAAAUCUCUUGUUUCACACAUAGUGCAAAAGUUUUAUCAAGCUUUUGAGUCAAUUGAAUAUGUUCAGACAUUUAAAGGGUUGAAGAUUAAAUAUGAAGAAGAGAAAGAGAAAGAAAAACAAAUGAGGCAGAAAAUACACUCUGUAAUAUACAAGAAUGUAUAUUGCAGAUGCACCAAAACCAUGAAGGUGAGAGCCAAGAAAGUAAUGUGUCCUGAGGGGGAUGGAAAUAAAACAGUUUUGCCAUCAGUAGGAAAGAAUGUUGUUAUGAAACAUAAAGAAGAAAAAGAAAUAGAAUAUAAUAUAGGAAGUCCAAAAAGAACAUCUUCUGAUGACUUUAAGUUUUCUUCAUCUUAUUCUGAUGAUGACAGCAGCUCAAGUAGGCCACAUUAUAGCAACAUGGUUUCUUCCAUUUACUAUUCAGAGUAUAAUAAUGAUGGUGGCUAUGAUGAUGAAGAUGAAGAUAAUGAAGGCAAAGGAUCUCCCAAGAAACGACCUAAUCUUAAUUCAUAA